AUCGAUUUGCUAUCGAUAAAUUUAUUACAACAAUUUCAUUACUAAUGAAAUAAUCCAAGCAAUUGUGUGUCAGGUGGUAGUAUAAACAAACAUUUAUUUACAUUUUGAUUAAGUUUAAUUCGGUUUAAUAAUUCUACAUGUUAAAUUAAGUAGAAAAAUGCAAUGUCGCGUGUGUAUGCAAAGUAAAUGCCAAAUAUUAUUCGAGAUGAAUAUACUUGGAACGGAUGACGGCAAGAACCUUUACGAUUGCUUCAAUGAAUGUACACAACUAGAUGCAUCAGCAAAUGACCAUCUGCCCAAAACGCUAUGUAAAUUAUGUGCACAAAAACUUCAAAUAGCAUAUAACUUUAGAAGAAGUGCACUACAGUCGAAUGAGGAAUUUAAGAAACUUUUAAUAUCUCAAAAAUUGGAAACUGAUUCAGUUGAUAGUUCACCAGAGAAAUUGUGUAUGCCAGAGGAUACGGAAGAAAGUACAGAUGAUCCUUUAGAUAUGAGUUUUCAUGAAGCAUUAGAGGCUGUGAAGAAACCCGUGGAGGAAUUGCCGACGAAAGAGUCUUGCUUAGAGGAAGAUCCGAAUCGGUCUUUGGAGGAACCUUUGAUGGAAUUUCCAACGGAAAAUUCGUGCUUAAAGGAAUCACCAACUCAACAUUUGGGGGAAGGUUUGAUGGAAUCCCCAACGGAAAAUUUGUGCUUAGAAGUAGCUUCAAAUCGAUCUUUAAAAGAAGAUUUGAUGGAAUUUUCAACGGAAAAUUCGUUCUUAGAAGUAGCUGUAAGUCCAUCUUCCGAGGAAUCUUUUACGGAAUUUCCAACGGAAAAGUUUUGCUUAGAGGAAUCUUCGAAUCAAUCUUACGAGGAAACACAAAUAGAAAUCGUAAGGGAAAGCACACCGGUGGACAACACAGAAAACCAAUAUACAGUACCGCAUGGCAAUGAUGAACAGCGGCAAGUAUUCAUGGAUAAUGAAACUGAAACACGUAAUUCUUUUGGGCAGGACGAAUAUGAGAGUGAAACGGAGCCCAUAAAAAAAGUGGAUUAUGAUUGUGAGAUAUGUAGUAGUACCUAUACAAACAAAAAUGAACUUGAAAAACACAUCUCCCAACAGCAUAAAUCUGAAGUAAUUUGUUUAAGUUGUCCAAAGAUAUUUGAUAUGCCAAUUGAGUUGAGAAUUCACAACCAACUUGUGCAUGGAACCAAUUCACCAGUGCAAUGUAAUUUCUGCAGUGAAAAGCCUCUAUUGCCUCGUAAUGAGCUUGUCAAGCACUUUCAAACAACUCAUAAUUCUCGCUACUAUUGGUAUUUCCCACACGUACAAAAACGACAUACAAACGGUACGGAGGUUCCAUCGCCGACAAAAUAUACAUGUAAAUAUUGCCAAAAAAUUUUCACAACGGUUAUUGAUUUGACAGAACAUAUUAGAUCACACUUGUUUAAAUGUCCAUUCUGUUUGAAAAAUUUUAACAGAAUGCGUACAUAUUAUUUACAUGUUAAGCGCUUGCAUAACAGUUCAGCAAGCCAAUUCCCGGCUAUACCAUUAGCGGGAGAUAGCAAAGAUAAGCCAAUUCAAUGCAAAGCUUGUAACAAAAGCUAUACAAAUUUAGCCUCCUACAAUAAGCAUCUAAGAGAAAGGCAUAGUAAAGGUACAAGAUCAAAAGCUAAACAAAAAACUACGGAAAAUGAAGCAAAGGUAACUUCGAUUGCGGAAGACGAAGACGAAGAUACCGCCACACUACAAAAUGUAGAGUGUGAAUCUAUUGAAAAUGAAGACGAAGAUGUCGUUCAAGCGCUAAAUAAAUCGGUUAAAAAGGAACAAAGUAAAAAUAAAAAAAUACUACAAAUAAAAGAAAAAAAGAGAUUUCUCUGUUCAUAUUGUCCACGUGUGUUAUGCUCAAACGUGUCGUUGGCGUCGCACGAAAGAAGUCAGCACCUCAAUUCAAAAUCAGAUAUUAAGGAGUGCCCAAUAUGUCAGAAGAAAUUAAAGUCCGAUUAUAUAAAAAAUCAUAUUAAAAUUGUGCACAUAGGGGAACGGAACAACAUUUGCGAUAUUUGUGGCGGUGCCUAUAAAAGUCCUAGUCAACUAAAGCGACACAAGCUGUUGCAUAUGCCAGAUCGGCAUUUGCCAUGCAGUGUAUGUGAUAGGAAAUUUACGGAAACAUCUGCCCUGAAGGUUCAUAUGCGCAGUCACACGGGCGAAUUGCCAUAUGCUUGUCAUUUGUGUGAUCGUCAAUUCCGUAUCCGUGUACACCUUACCUAUCAUUUAGAACACCAUGCUAAUAUAAAGAAAAUAUGCAAAGUUUGUGGCAAAGAAUUCAAAGAUGGCACAACACUGCGAAGACACUCGUUCGAACAUAAUGGAAAAAUGCCAUAUAGAUGCACUGCUUGUCAUUAUCAAACUGCCAAACGUGAAUAUAUAACGACCCAUAUGCUCCGAAAACAUGACAUACAAAUAACUGACGAAGAAUUAUAUUUAAUGUUUAAAACGAAUACUGGUAAAUCGCCUCGCGUUAAAAAUGUUGAAUAUCUGAAGAAGCUGACUGAAAAUUUACAAACGUCAGAUAAUUCGAAUUUUUUAAGUUACCAAACGCAUUUCGUAAUAAAUUGUAAUAUUGCCUCAACUACAUCUUGUCUUAUUGUUGUUGUAGCUACAGAAAAUAACCGUGAAUAUCGCAAACAAAUUGGAAUUGUAAUGAAAACAAAGCAUAAAAAAAUGUACUGCCGUGCUUGUAUGCAAUUGGAUUGUCCUACAGUUGUGGAUAUGAAUUGUGUCGGAACUGCGGAGGAUGGUAAAACACUAUACGAUUACUUUAAUGAAUGCACUCAACUGCAAGCAACAGCGAAUGAUGAACUUCCACAAAUAUUAUGUACAACUUGCACAGAACAACUGCAUGAUGCCUGUAAUUUUAUAAAAAAGGCACGUAAGUCCGAUGGAGAACUCAAAAAGAUUUUGACAUUACAAAAAGAUGGCGUAGACAUUUAUACUACUACCCAAACUACACAGUAUGUAGUUGAAUGUACAAAUGAUCCUUUAGCGACGCCAGAACAACACAUUGUCGUAACCGAAACUUCCAACACUGUUAGCGAUGCUGAAGUGGCUAUACCUGUGCCAGAAAUAAAAGUAGAGUUAGAGUUAGAUAUUCCUGAAAAUUUUGAAAAAAUAAUGGAGGAUCAUGUUGUCAAAAGUGAUUCCGAAUCUUCGCAGCAGUGUAAUAGUGAUGAUGACAGCGGUGACGUUAUCAAGCCGGGCGUGUCACAUUCUUGUGAAAUUUGUGAUUGUAAAUAUUUAACGCAAAGGGAACUGAAAGAUCAUAUAUUUGAUCUACACAAAUCUCACAUCAUCUGCAUGAAAUGUCCGAAAGUUUAUGAGCUUCCCACGGAAUUACAAAUUCACGAAUCUCUUGUUCAUGGUACGGAAUCAACAUUUCAGUGUACAUGGUGUAAUGAAACCUUACAACGUGAAGAUCUACCUAAACAUAUUCAGAGGACGCAUAAGAUUUCAUAUUUGAAAUAUUUUCCGCGUACGAAAAGGCUUUGCAAUAAUAAUGAUGAGAAUAAUAGUUUUGGAUGUGAUGACUGCCAACUGCAAUUUUCAUCCAUACUUGAGUUAGCCUAUCAUGUAAAGGAACACAAAUUUGACUGUCCAUUAUGUUCAAAGAGUUUUCGAAAACAUGGUACGUUUCGGGCACAUGUUAAACGCAUACAUAAUCAUUCACUAAGUAGCUUAAAAGUUGCGGUUGGAGUUGAGGACGACGAUGCAAGUAAGCCAUAUAAGUGUUCCUUAUGCUCCAGACAGUUCAGAUUGAAACGGUCCCUUCAAGGACAUUUGAAAGUGAAACAUAACCAGUAUACACGGCAAAAUGUAAAAAACGACGAGGAUAAGCUAUUUGAAUGUGCGUUUUGCACUAUGCGCUUUGCUAGUCAAAACUCCCUUUAUCAUCACAAAAGACGCAAACAUCGAGAUUUAAUACCAACACCAGUUGCUGAUAGUGAAAUCAGUACUACUACGGUGGAAAUGGAAAAUGACAAAGCAAACAGUGAAUUUGUUAAUUGCACAUUUUGUCAUAAGGAUAUACCAAGAAGUGAAAUUAAGCAUCACCAAAGACGACACAAGUAUGCAUUGAAUCAAAAAAGAAAAUUUCUGUGCGCAUUCUGUCCGCGUGAAUUUAACUCUGAAACUUCUGUUAAAUUGCACGAAAAGAAGGUUCAUAUGUGUGAAAGACCCGAACCCAAGGAAUGUCCAAUUUGCCAGAAAAAAGUUGAUCCGAAAUAUUUGAAAAACCACAUAGAGAACGUGCACACGUCUGAGCGUAAAUUUAUCUGCGAUAUUUGCGGUGAUCCUUUCAAGAGUUAUGUUUUGCUUCACAGCCAUAAACGUUUGCACCUGGAGCGAAAUUUCGCAUGCACCGUGUGCGAGAAAAAGUUUAUACGCUCAUCCGAUCUGAAAGUACACAUGCGCAUACACACAGGCGAAGAGCCAUAUGAAUGUCAUUUGUGUGAUCGUAGAUUUAAAAUCAAAGUGCGCCUUAAUUAUCACCUGCAGCGUCAUGCUGGCAUCAAGCGGAAAUGUCAGGAGUGCGGCAAAGAAUUCAAUCAUGUUAAACAGUUGAAAAUCCAUUCAUACAAACACACUGGCAUGCCAUAUCGAUGUUCUGUGUGUGAAUACGGCUGUGCGCAGCGUGAUGUUUUUCGAAAGCAUUUAUUGCGUAUGCACGACAUGACUAUGACUGAUGAGGAGUAUUGUGCAAUGUUCAAAGCGAAUACUGGGCGUAAUCCACAUGUGAAGACUCUGGAAGAAUUGCAGUCAGAGGCGCAAAGUAUGGAGCAAGAGCAAGAGCAAGAGCAGUCAAACUAA